AAAUUUUGUUGUUUUAACUAAUAUUUAGCUUUUAGUGCCGUGAACCGGAACCCUCGCGUUUCUACGCGAAUUCUCCCCGAGUUCAUUUGCGGCGAACACUUCACUAUAAAUAUCCCUCGCCGGAAACGUAACGUCCUCUUCUAGUGAUCCAACAUGGCGGACCAGGGUGAGAAGAAGGAGAACCCCAUGAGAGAGCUUCGCAUUCGCAAGCUCUGCCUGAACAUCUGCGUCGGUGAGAGCGGAGACAGACUGACCCGUGCUGCUAAGGUGCUGGAGCAGCUCACAGGACAGACCCCCGUGUUCUCAAAGGCCCGCUACACUGUGCGAUCCUUCGGUAUCCGCAGAAAUGAAAAGAUUGCUGUCCACUGCACUGUCCGUGGUGCCAAAGCAGAGGAGAUCCUGGAAAAAGGACUCAAGGUGCGUGAGUACGAGUUGAGAAAGAACAACUUCUCCGAUACCGGAAACUUCGGCUUCGGUAUCCAGGAGCACAUCGAUCUGGGUAUCAAGUACGACCCCAGCAUCGGCAUCUACGGACUGGACUUUUACGUGGUUCUGGGCAGACCCGGCUUCAGCAUCGCCGACAAGAAGCGGAAAAGAGGCCGCAUCGGUUUCAGGCACCGCAUCCGCAAAGAGGAGGCCAUGCGCUGGUUCCAGCAGAAAUAUGACGGCAUCAUCCUCCCCGGCAAGUAAAGGACCACCUUUUGAUGUUUGUAACAAAUAAAAUCGGAAAAAACAA